GGAGCGGAGCGGAGCGGGGCGGAGGAGCGCGGCCAUGGCGGCGGCCCCGGCGGAGGCCGAGACCCGGCAGCGGCUGCUGCGCACCGUCAAGAAGGAGGUGAAGCAGAUCAUGGAGGAGGCGGUGACGAGGAAGUUCGUGCAUGAGGACAGCAGCCACAUCAUCUCCUUCUGCGCUGCUGUGGAAGCCUGUGUCUUGUACGGCUUGAAGCGGAGGGCGGCAGGGUUCCUGCGCAGCAACAAGAUAGCAGCUCUGUUCAUGAAGGUGGGCAAGAGCUUUCCUCUGGCAGAGGAGCUUUGCAAGAAGGUGCAGGACCUGGAGCAGCUCAUCGAGAAUGCACGAAAUCAAGUUCAGAGCAUCCCAGAGAACGUGCGCAAGAUGCCGAAGCUGCCCAACCUGUCUCCUCAGGCCAUCAAACACCUCUGGAUCCGCACAGCCCUCUUUGAAAAGGUCUUGGAUAAAAUCGUGCAUUACUUAGUAGAGAACAGCAGUAAGUACUAUGAGAAAGAAGCUCUCCUGAUGGAUCCUGUGGAUGGACCAAUUCUCGCAUCUUUAUUGGUGGGUCCCUGUGCACUGGAGUACACCAAGAUGAAGACAGCCGACCACUUCUGGACAGACCCCUCAGCCGACGAGCUGGUUCAGAGGCACCGGAUCCACAGCUCGCACUGCCGGCAGGACUCGCCCACCAAGCGCCCGGCGCUCUGUAUUCAGAAAAGGCAUUCGAGCGGCAGUAUGGAUGACCGGCCAUCGCUGUCUGCCAGGGACUACGUGGAGUCGCUGCACCAGAAUUCCCGGGCCACGCUCUUGUAUGGCAAAAACAAUGUCCUGGUGCAGCCACGAGACGACAUGGAGGCGAUCCCAGGAUACUUGUCCCUUCACCAGACUGCCGACAUCAUGGCGCUGAAGUGGACUCCCAACCAGCUGAUGAAUGGCUCCGUGGGGGAUCUGGACUAUGAGAAGAGCGUGUACUGGGACUAUGCCAUGACUAUUCGCCUGGAGGAGAUCGUCUAUUUGCACUGCCACCAGCAAGUAGACAGCGGUGGAACAGUUGUCUUGGUGAGCCAGGAUGGGAUCCAGAGGCCUCCGCUGCGGUUCCCCAAAGGAGGGCACUUGCUGCAGUUCCUGUCCUGCCUGGAGAACGGCCUCCUGCCCCAUGGGCAGCUGGACCCACCCCUCUGGUCACAACGGGGAAAGGGGAAGGUGUUUCCCAAGCUGAGGAAGCGAAGUCCCCAGGGCUCCUCCGAGUCUGCAUCCGACAAGGAAGAUGACGAAGCCACAGAUUAUGUUUUCAGAAUAAUCUACCCAGGGACGCAGUCUGAAUUCGUUACCAUUAAUGGUAAUUUUCACCCAUUCCUUGCGUCUGUGAUCUCCAUCACUGCUGGGAGAAGGAAGACUGCAAGGACUCCGGCUGCAGGCAGGACGGUGGUGAUCCACAAACGGUCUCCGAAUCUCUCCACCACAUCCCAACCCCGGCUUGUGGCUCUGGGGGCCACUCAGCAUCAGUUGCCCCAGGACCUGAUGGACGCGCAGGGUGCUGGCCUGCCUCCCAUGUGGCAACCCAACACCCGCAAGUCCUCCUGCUCCUCCUGCUCUCAGAGCGGCUCCUCUGAUGGCGGGCCGUCCAACGGCUGCAGCCACGAAAGAGCUCCACUGAAGCUCCUGUGUGACAAUAUGAAGUACCAGAUCCUCUCCCGGGCUUUCUAUGGCUGGCUGGCCUAUUGCAGACACCUCUCCACGGUGCGAACCCACCUCUCGGCCCUGGUUAACCACAACAUCGUGUCUCCUGAUGUGCCCUGCAAUGCUAGCUCGGGCCUGACUGUGGACAUAUGGCAGAAGUACCUGGAGGACAGCACGAGCUAUGAGGACCAGGAGCUGCUGCGGCUGAUCUACUAUGGUGGGAUCCAGCACGAGAUCAGGAAGGCUGUCUGGCCCUUCCUUUUGGGCCACUACCAGUUUGGGAUGACAGAAGCAGAAAGGAAAGAGGCCGACGACCAGAUCCGCACCUGCUACGAGCACACCAUGGCGGAGUGGCUGGGCUGCGAGGCCAUCGUCCGGCAGAGGGAGAAGGAAUCGCACGCGGCAGCCCUGGCCAAGUGCUCCUCUGGGGCCAGUCUGGACUCCCACAUUCAGAGGAUGAUGCACAGAGAUUCGACCAUCAGCAACGAGUCUUCGCAGAGCUGCAGCUCCGGCCGACAGAAUCACGCCCGGCUGCAGAGCGACUCCAGCUCCAGCACGCAGGUGUUUGAAUCGGUGGAUGAGGUGGAACAGACUGAAGCAGAUGCUCAGCUGGAAGAUGGAAAACAAAGCAAGAUCCCCAACGGGAACGUUCCCAAUGGCACGUGUUCGCCUGAUUCUGGCCAUCCCUCUUCCCAGAACUUCUCCAUUGCGUCGGGAUUCUCGGAGCGCAGCUUCAGCAACGAGGACAGCGCCCUGGAAACCAACAAGUCCUCAGCCAGUCGCAAGGGAAGGCUGGGGGGGUCCGACGCGACAGCCCCGCAGGACCUGGAUGGGGCUGCACAGGAGGAAAAGCUGCAGGGUCAGGACAGCCUGGAAGGUGAAUUUCCUACCGGUGGAAGCCUGGACUUCGUUCCUGUCGGGGAGGGCUCAGCAGGGGUCCUGCGUGGGCGUGACGCUGUGGCCCUGACGGUGGUAGAGAGCUGGGCAGACAGUGAGGCUGAAAAGCAAAGCUUGGUGGAGAGUGAAGAUAACCUCUCUGAGGAGCCAGAGAUGGAGAGCUUGUACCCGCAGCUGGAUUCCCUGGCUGUGGCGGAUCUGGCCAACAGCGAAGCAUCUCCUGUCUCCUCAACGGGUGUCACCUACUCUCCAGAGCUACUGGACAUGUACACAGUGAACCUGCACCGCAUUGAGAAGGACGUGCAGCGGUGCGACCGCAACUACUGGUACUUCACCCCCGCCAACCUGGAGAAGCUGCGCAACAUCAUGUGCAGCUACAUCUGGCAGCACAUCGAGAUUGGCUACGUGCAGGGGAUGUGUGACCUGCUGGCCCCUCUCCUGGUCAUCCUGGACGACGAGGCUCUGGCUUUCAGCUGUUUCACUGAGCUCAUGAAAAGGAUGAAUCAGAAUUUCCCCCAUGGGGGGGCCAUGGACACCCACUUUGCUAACAUGAGAUCCCUGAUCCAGAUUCUGGACUCUGAGCUCUUCGAGCUGAUGCACCAGAAUGGUGAUUACACUCAUUUCUACUUCUGCUACCGAUGGUUUCUCCUCGACUUCAAGAGAGAGCUGGUGUACGAUGAUGUGUUCGCCGUCUGGGAGACCAUCUGGGCAGCUGCACACGUUUCCUCCACACACUAUGUGCUCUUCAUAGCCCUGGCUUUGGUGGAAAUGUACCGGGACAUAAUCUUGGAGAACAACAUGGAUUUUACAGACAUCAUCAAAUUUUUCAAUGAAAUGGCCGAGCGGCACAACACCAAGCAGAUCCUGAAGCUGGCUCGGGACCUUGUGUACAAAGUCCAGACUUUGAUCGAGAACAAGUGAAGGACGUGGAGAAGACGAGGCAUCCAGACAAAGAGCCGGGACUCCCCUUCAAUGCUUCCUCUCCCUCUCCUUUUUCGUGACGUGCCACGCCUGUGGAAGGAAGGUAGUUGGACACAUGCUGCUGUCUAAGCCGGAGGUAGCCCCAGCUCUCCCAGUGCUGUGUGCAGUGUUAGGUCUGGGGGCCCUGGCUCAGAUCUUCGCAGCAUUCUCCAGUGACUUAACCAAAGAUCUGUACAAUCGCAUUUUAUUGCUAAAGACUUCUUUGGAAGCAGGACCAGGCAGUCGCUUCCUUGCCUCGCCGCAGCAGAGGUGCGGCACGUGGGUUAGCACCGCGGCUGCAGGGGCAGCUGCCAGCAUCCCAGGUCGGAGCUGGGGGUCUGGGAGAGCUGGGCUGCCAGCCCCCCGGGGCUGACGGGCUCUACAGCCUUUGUUGGGAGGAAAUCGAGCUGCUUCCUUCGACAGCCCUUACCGUGGCACGGGGAAGCUGGCCAGCCCUGCAAGCCCAGGCAGGACAGGGAUGCUGCCAGUACUCAGUUUCUUACAAUCGUUAUGAGGCUCUGCCAGUAACAGAGGGACUUCGAUCACAGGAAUUCCUCCUCUUUUGACCUUGUCCCUUGAUGCAUAGCAUUUCCUUUAGUGUUUUUAGGUCUCCGUUCUCUCCCUGGGAUUUUUACCUUGUUUGUUACUACAAUAUCUGAGCACACAGGAGUUUUGUCUGGGGAUGGAUUUUCGGAAGAGCUCCAAAGUCAGCAUUGGGUUUCUCUUCCAAAAUCCAGCCUCUGUAACACACUCUGAACACUGAAAAAUCUGGUCCUAGCCUCAUCUGGGAGCUCUAGACCUGAGGUUUUUGUAUCUGCCUUACUCUAGCUGCUUGUGUUAGCAGUCUGGUCUCCUGAUCGUUCUUCUGCAACCCAUGUUAAGGGAGAGCUCCUUGGAAGGCACGUCAGAGCUCCUGACUUAAGUGACUGUCCUGACUUUUCCCUCGGAAGGUGCCUGUCUCUUCCUCUGUUAAUCAAAAGACCAGCUGCUUACAUCUAACCAGUGCAAACAAUCCCCUUGGUGCCUGCAGGUUUUCUGUGUGCUUAUGGGGCUGGUUGCAAAGCCCUCUAAGUCCACUGAAAGUCUCCGGUUAGGUCCUGGUGGGCUGCUUUCACCCGUGAAGGACCAAAUAGGCCAAGGUCCCUGAGUGGUCUUUGCUUUUGGAAGAUGCACUUCUGUGGCCACCUUUCCUGCAGUGGCUCUCCAGCAUCGCACCCCUGGAGCACGCUGCAUGAAGUGCCUCUCCAGCACUACCAGCGUGAGAGCUGAGCUUCUGUGCCGUGCCGUGGCUGUGUUACGGAGGGUUUGGAUUCAUUUCUCAACUCAGGUAAAAAAAAAAAUAAAAUAAAAAAAAAAAAAGGAGAAGGAGAAGUGUAGGUUAUUGGCAGGCCGAGUUCAGCCAGAGGGAGAUUUGCCAUGGCCACAGAAAGCUGCCGUGAAGGUGUGCUUUCAGCAGCAGGGAAGAUGCUAGGCUGUAGCUCUCUAUAAAGGUACUUCUCUCAAGUUUUGCUGCAAAAAUCUGUGUUCCCCCUCCAUGUAAUGUGUGACUCGUGUGUGCUGUCCUCCUCCCCUCUGCAAGGUAAGGACCUCCUGCUCUUCUCUCGCUGAUGGAGCGCUGCUCGCCAGCAGGGAAGAGGGGCCCUUCCCUUCCGUGGGACAUCUGUGCUGGUGUACUCUGUAUUUACUUGUGGCAUGUGUUAGAUGUUGCUUGAACAGAAAAGAUGUACAAGGUUGCAGAAGAGAGAACUUGCUUCAGAGACGUUCUGCAGUUGUGGUGAAGCAGUUUAAGUCAGCUACUCUUUCUGCAACGCUGGGACACAGAGCUCCCAGCUAUGAAAAGUAGGGAACAGUGCAUGCCAACAUCUGCAGGGAAGAGGACUGCAGCAGGGGGUGAGAGUGAUGGGGAGAGCCUUUCAUUUCUUAUAAAGCCAACAAGGAAAAGGUAUUACCGACAGUCUAGGUAGGAAAUUAUUUGAAGAAGUUUUUUUGCAUGAAACCUCCAAGGAGUGCUUGGUCUGCAGUCUGUGGUAGCACAGGAAACAAAAGCAGUUGAGCUUUGAAUCUGCAAGUUUCCGUGGGAUUCUCUCACUUUUCCAUAAAGCAGGAAGCUCGUGCACUCCCUACCAGCCUGUUCCGGCUCUGUCUAGGUCUUGGGACAGGCAAACAUCUGCCUGCGUAACCUCUUCCAAAGGGGAAGGGAAAGUGCUCUGCCCUUCCCUCUCUGAGGGAUGAGAACCAAUGGGUUAACUGAAACACACAGUCCUAACAAGCAACAUCGAUGACACUUUUAUCUUUCAGGCUUCUGUUUUUCUUUUCUUGGUUUUUAAACAAAAACAGCCAAGAAAAUCUGCACAAUAUUUGCUGUCUGUAUUAACUGAGAGUGUCUUUGGGCCGCUCAAUAGCAGUGUUUUUUGAAUAACUUCUGGGGG